AUGGAGACUAGGACAUUCAUACGCUUAGUAUCCCUAGCAGUAUUUCUUUGUCUUUGCAUCAUCGCCUUCUUCCCAGAAGAUGUGGAUGGUACAUAUGCAUUACGCAGAAGAGGGUAUGGGGUUAGACGAAAAUAUGGCUACAAGAUAAGAAGGAGUGGCUUUAACAAAAGAGGGGGAAUCAGAGGCCGGUUUCGUAAAUCAAGACGUGGAUACAGAAGGAUAAAAAGAAUAAGAUUUGUGAGAAGAAAAUACCCCAGAAGAAAGAUCAUCAGAAUUAAACAUAUCUUCAGACGUAGGAGACCUGUUGUGAUCCGCCACCCAGUAACCCGUCACUACCAUAAUCACAAACACUACCAUUACUACAGAUAUCGCCCACGAUACCUGCCGCCAUACUUACCGAUAGGGUGCGCUGGUCGAUGUGGUCGAAACGCUUAUUGUUACAGAGGUCAUAUGUGCGUUUGUAAACGUGGAUAUAAAGGCAAUCCGCUCAGAGGCUGUCGUCCAGGGGGCGGACCAUGUGGAAACAAAUGUGGAAAGUACGCCAUUUGCAAGUCUGGAAAAUGUCAGUGCAGGUCUGGCUACUUUGGGAACCCCUUAGUCGCCUGUUUCAAAGAAUAUAAGUGUAAACGAGGCUGUGGUGUAAACGCUGUUUGUGACAGAAGGAAAGGAAUAUGCAAGUGUAAACCAAAAUACAUAGGAAAUCCACACGUACGCUGCAUCGCAUUAUAUGGAUGUAAAGGUGGAUGUGGUCCCUAUGCAUUCUGUCAGAGUGGAAAAUUUUGUAAGUGCAAACCCGGAUAUGGCCCAAAUCCUGUGGUCGGAUGUAAACCAGUGCCUGGGUGUGUUCGAAAAUGUGGAUUGAAUGCCUACUGUGAUGCCCCAAACAGAAAGUGUGUUUGUAGAAGUGGAUAUGUGGGCAAUCCAUACCAGAGAUGUAGACAUAGAUACUCGAUUCCUUGCGGUGGUAAAUGUGGAAAGAACGCUUACUGCAGAAAAGGGGUGUGUGUCUGUAAAUCUAACUGUCAUGGCAACCCAUACACAAACUGUGUGAAGAAUAAAUAUUAA